AUGGCAGGCGCUACCGAAAGCGGUACGGCAGAUGCUCCGAAGCUCCAUGCACCAGGAGACUCAGCCGUGCCAGCGGCUGCUCAGGACAUCAAGAACAUAGAGACAGCCGCUCCGCGGAAGGGCUGCCGGUCCAGGGUGAAGUUCCUGCUCAUCUGCGUGAUGCUCCCCGUGUGCAACGGCCUUCUUUGCAGCAUGCUCUGGUCGGCGAACUCCUUGCACUACCAAGAGCAAGGAUGGCCGCUCUGGCGCCUCGGCUUGCUUGGCCUCGUGUCUGCGCUGGCCAGGCUCGUGAUGGCUCAGCUUUCGAACUUCUUCGGCCCAUGGUUCUCCCUGUUGAUCAACAUUGUGCAUCUUGGCUGUCUGGUGCCGGCCUUGGUCACUGUGCAGGAGGAGCGCUACGUGGCUUUGCAGAUUUUCAUGAGCAUAGCUUUCGAUGCUGUUCUCACCAAUGAUGCCAUUGUCUUCUUCCACUUCUCAGAGUCAGAGAGCGAAGCCACUUACGCAACCUCUGCACAGCUGCAGUGCUAUGUGCUGGGCUACGCGAGUGCCUCCACGAUUGGUGGGGCCAUCUACGACCUGGCCCGUUGGCCUGGCAUAGUCAUCGCGCACUUCUGCCUACAAGUGGUCGUGUGUGGCGUGCUCGUGGUGGAGCCAUGUGUGCACCAAAGCAUCGCAGACCUAUGCCGCCGAUGCCACCGCCGAUGCCACACAGAGGAUUUCGAGGAGGCUGAGAUGAGCUCUGUGCUGCCCGGGUCGGAAUCGGCGGGCCCGUCCAUACGCGUAGUGGCGGUGCCUCCCACCGAGCAAAGUCUUCCUGGCGCAGUUGCAGAAGAUCUCGACCAGGACGAUACGGCUCUGCGGAAUCGACCUCGCUCCUCCACGGGAGGCAGCGACACUCAGAAAGUCGUCCCGGCAUCUGCUGCGGAGAGACCCCAGCAUGCACCCAACACUCUGAGCCCUGAGGCGGCGGAGCAGGCAGUUGUGGGCCCAGUGGGCCAACGACGCCGCUUCAAUUCGAACGUCAGCCGUGGUAGCCAGGACGGCCGAAAUAGUGUGCAGAGGAAUAGUCGAUUCCGCUUCAGCUUGGUCAGCUUGGUCUCGGCAGUAAGCGACGGGAGCCACUCUUCCCAGGCAAAGCGUCUCCAUGAGGCAUGGGCGCACUCCAUGCAAUACCAGCGUGGCUCACUCCAACGUGGCUCACUCAUGAUGUGCCCUCCACCACUUCCUGUGCCCGCUGAGAAGUCGGCAGAGGCAGAAAGUCCGCAGAGCCGGCUGCCCAGGAGUCUCUGGCUCCCCGCCUUCCUGGCUGGUCUGUUCAGCUGCAUGUACAACUUCGCCUACGUGACAGAGUUUGUCCUCUUCGCUAUCUACUUCAAGGAACAGCACAACUGGCACUCCGCGACAUGGGCCGGAGUGGCGCAGUCUUCCGGCGACAUCUUGGCUGCAGUGAUCCUGCAGUUGAUUGCGCGCUUCGCACCGCCAUCACCUGAGAAGGAGCAGGCAGGCUUUGAUGCUGGCGGCGCCACUCGCGCGUGGUAUUCCAUAUCGGCAAAGCCGUACAACUUGGUUUGGUUCUGCCUUUGGUGGGUGGUUCUUUGCCUGGGCAUGACUGUCCCGAACUUGCCCGUGGUGAUCGUAUCCCAAGUUGUUAUGGGAACCCUCUAUGUCACCUGCAUCCAGGGCGCCACGAAGCUCAACACUUACUACUCCUUAGGAGAUGCUAACGUCUUCAUAAGCCUUCAGCUGAUCAAGCUCAACGCAGAAGCUGUGGGAAUGUCCCUCUCCACCCUCACGGCCAUGGUGCUUUAUGAGCAG